AUGGACAUCAUAGGACCCAUUGAGCCCUCGGCCUCUAAUGGACAUCGUUUCAUUUUAGUCGUCAUCGACUACUUUACUAAAUGGGUGGAAACCACCUCAAACAAGUCAGUGACCAAGAAGUUCAUGGAUGAUUUUGUCAAAAAUAAUAUGAUAUGUCGCUUUGGUGUACCGAAAUCAAUCAUUACAGACAAUGGUGCCAAUUUAAACAGUCAUUUGAUGAAGGAAAUUCGCGUACAAUUCAAGAUAACCCACAGAAACUCUACCGCCUACCAGCCACAGAUUAAUGGAGCCAUAAAGGCCGCCAACAAAAACAUCAAGAAAAUCAUGAGGAAGAUGAUCGACAACUACAGGAAUUGGCACAAACAACUGCCUUAUGCCUUGUUGGGGUACCGGACGAUGACCCACACUUCCACAAAGACAACUCUAUAUCUCCUUGUCUACGGUACAGAAGUGGUCAUACCUAUAGAAAUUGAAAUCCCCUCGCUCCGGAUCAUCAAAGAGGUGAAGCUGCAAGAUGCAGAAUGGGCUAGAAAUCGUGAUGAACAAGUGGCCAUGAUAGAGGAAAAGAGAAUGGUGGCAGUGUGCCACAGACAGCUAUACAGACAAAGAAUGUCUCGAGCCUUCAACAAACGGGUCAGAACCUGA